AUGUUAAGUUAUAAAGUGUAUCCAUUUACGCUUGAGAUAGAAAAAUGUGAGCUAGCCUUGAUAGUUAAGAGAAAACAAUUCUUCAGUGAUGUACAGGCUGUUUCAAAAGUAAGAAAGAAUUACAAACUUACUCUGAAGAAGGCAGCUGUAGAUCCACCCUUAUAUGCUCCAUACUUGAUCUUCGUUUGUUUGGCCAGAUCUUCAGCGCUUUCUAUAGGAGAGUCCAUACGUUCGACAGUAAGGAAGGCUGCUAGAUUAGCAGUGUACGAUGAAAUCAUGAUGAGUGUGAAGAACCACCACAUUCCUGCGACCAUUCUGGUGGAUACAGCCCUGGAAAUACAUAUUGUUUAA